UCUCAAGAUUCCCACCCAAAACAAAGUAACAAAAACCCGUUCUCCGCCGCCGUUGAGUCUCUCUAGCUUCUGUAGAAACUCUGCGAUGAAGACUCUCUCUAAUGGAGCCUCGCUAAUGGAAAUCGACAACGAUCGAAAACGAGAUGAUGAAGAAGAAGAAGAUCCGUUUCUCGCAUUUAUCGAGUACGCCAGGUCGGUCAUAUCUCCUGAAGAAGAUGAGCACCCUAGUAGAAAUGAAGACGGUUACACUGGAGCAGGAUGGGGCUGGAUCGCGUCUCGGAUCCUCAAAACUUGUAUUUCUUACUCGAGUGGUGUUACUGCUGCUAUUUUGCUCGCCGAUCUCUCUCAGGCUUGGGGUGAGCAACAGAGGGCAGGCGGUCCAAAGAAAAGACCACAGAUCAUAAAUCAGAUGAAAAGAAAAAAUAGGAGAGCAAAGCUCCCUAACACAGUUACAAUUGACUCAAUGUACGAGAAGAAUUUCUUGUCUUUAAGUAGUGUUUUGGAAGCUGUGAUUGUGGAUGCUUAUGUUCUUCCAGGUACAAACAUUUACAUGCUUACCUUGGGAGAUUAUUGGAGCUCCAAUACCAUUGAUCUUUAUCUUCACCGAAGAUACUAUGAGUUGGUUGAUCCUCCCAAUGGGAUUUUGAAGAAAGGAAGAGAGAUUUUCCUUACAGGUUGCUAUCUUCGAACUGCCAAAGAGGGAUCUGGUACCCCACGGUUAUUGCCUACAGAAUAUCUUGUGAUAUUAUUGGAUGAGGAUCAGGAUGAUGAUGCAAUUCUGAUAGGAGCGCAGUUUUGCUCAGAUUCUUUCUCUUCCAUUUCUCAUGAUGGAGUCAAGAAUGGUGUUCCGUAUUCAUUGUAUGCUAGGAUUGAAUCUAUUGGAUCACUGGAAACUCAGGAACAAUGUGGUGGUUUACAGAGGAAGCAAAUCACUCUUGUUGAUAAUGAUGGAGUAAAACUAAGAUUUCUCUUGUGGAAUGAGCAGGUAAUCCUAGCCAAUCUUUUCAGCGUUGGAAGCAUGCUUGCCCUGGAUAGACCAUAUAUUGCAUUUUCUGCUGAUAAUGCCAUUGCAACAAGCGAUGAGUUUUGUCUAGAAUAUGGAACUGCAACACAAUUAUACUUGGUGCCUUUUGUUCAGCACGAGGAACAAGUAUGCCUAUCAUCCACGCAGAACCGAAUUCAAGGAUCAAAGCUCUAUGCUGCAGUUGAUCCUACACAAGGUCCCAGACUUUCUCAAGUAGUCUUGCCCUGUGAUCCCCAAGGGUCAAUUGACUUCAGUAAUUAUCCUCUUCAGUUAUUUGUUGCCGAUCUCCAUGAUAAGAUGACUGGCAUCAGCCUUUAUGGUGUGGUUGCAGACGUAUUUCGAGAAAAGAAUACUGCAGGAGUUAUCUUUUUAUUAAAAUUUGAGGAUGUGACUGGAUCCAUGUGCGCAAAGCUGCAUUUUUCUCAAUCAUGGUCACUGGGAAGAGUAAGCGUUGGUCACACAGUAUAUAUUUCGGGCUUGGCAUGUUCUAAGACAAAACAAAAUCGCUUUGAACUAUCGUGGUUUGAGAUGGAAGCUGGAGCUUCUUUUAUCAACCUUAGUUGCUUACCAGCAUUAUUAAACUCAUCUUGUCUUCACAGGCUAUCACGCCUUUCUGAUCUCUCCAGCAGGAGUAACUCAAUGCAUGUUUGUCGGGUUUGGCUUGACCAAGUUGAUCAUGUUAAAACAAGAUUCUCACAUGCUCCUUGUGGGCAAUUUGUCAAAGAGAUGCCAAGCGGUGUAGUUGAGUGCAGUUUCUGUCACUGUAAUUGUGAUGGUGAAGUUGUCGUGUGUGCUUUCUACCUGAAACUCACCCUUGCUGAUGAGAACACAAAAAUUCUUGCAUGGUGUACCGGUCAAACUGCUACAGAGUUACUGCAAAUAUCAUCUGAUGAAUUCUACGAGCUGUCUGAGGAGGAGCAAGUUAUGUACCCUUCUUCACUAGAAAAUGAGAGAUUCAUUGUUGCAUUAGUGAAUUGCAAGCGGCAAGCAGUGUAUGGAUCUUGCGACAGUCCAAACCUGGAGGCUGAUGCAGUUUCAUGGGAGAUCACUCGGGCACUCAAGUACGAGUAGGGCUGCUCUAUCAGGGUUUGAUCAAUAUGGUCAAGUGACAUAUAUGUCUAUAAGCAUAUAUUAAAUACGAGUGUGCAAGUUCAUGGUAACUUAAAUAUGGGGAUGACAUUUAGGAAGGC